AUGAUUGCUCCUCGUCAUCCCAGCUCUCCUAGAUUGGUUGGCAAAGGUAAGAGGAUUGUAGAUGAAAAUUCUUCUGAUUUAGCAGCUGUGGAUCGCUCGGAAAACAUCCAAAAAUGCAAUCCGGAUUCAUCUGAGACCAAUUUGAAGGUGUGCGAUUUUUCUGGGUUAUUCCGUCAAGAACAGAACAGGGGAUCUUUAAAUCCGGUGGAAGAUGGAGCUAUUGGUUCUUUCAAAGAUCGUUUGAGCGAUCCUUUGAUUAAUAAAGAACAAAAGGAAGUUGAAGAGAUCAAUGGAGCUUGGUCGAAGCCAAAGAAUAUCAAGAUUGAUUUCAAAAAAGAUCAAGUUGAAUUUUUGGAAGAUGGCAUUGCAAUCAAACUGAAUCCUGUGGCUGAAGGGAAAAAUUCUGAGGUGCUGAAGAACUCCAUUAUUUUAAAAGUAUUGGGAGGUAAUGUACCUUAUUCAACAUGUAGUUUUGAUUUGAGAAAACAAUGGAACCAAUUUGGUGGAUUUCACAUGACUUCAAUUGGAAUGAAUUGGAUACUUUGUUCUUUUAAAAACAAAGAUGUGGUGGAUGAAAUUUUAAAUGGUGGACCUUGGUAUGUUAAUGGAUUCAUUGUUGGAAUGGAUCGUUGGUCUCCUGCAUUUGAUCCAUAUUUGUUCAAGGGUAUCUCUGCCCCAGUUUGGAUUAGACUUCCAUGCCUUCCUCUAUACUGCUGGGAUGAAGGCAACCUUGCUAGUAUAGCUUCUCGGUUUGGUACACCUCUCUAUUUGGAUGGAAAUACUUUUAGGUGGGGGAAGAAAGAAUUUGCUCGCAUUUGUGUGAAAGUUGAUCUGGAAAAAAAACUCCCAAAUGGUGUGUGGAUUGAUGGUAUUGCUGGUAGAUUCUUCCAAAGAGUUGAAUAUGAAAAAAUCAACUUACUUUGCUAUCAUUGUGGUUGUGUAGGACAUGAGCUCAACACAUGUCCUGAAAAAGUUGCUCAAGGUAUCAAGGAUCAGUCUAAGAACACGCCUGAAACCAUCAUAUCUGCUGAAAAGAAUUCGGUUGGAACGAAACAUAAUGCUGUGACAAAGGUGGAGUAUGGCCCCUGGAUUCAUGUUCAGUUCAAAAACAGACGGAACUACAACAAUGCUAAUGGUUUUAGAAGUAACAAAAGCAACAACAUUAAAGAAAAGAUAGAGGUGGGUAAACAAAGCAUAAUUGUUGAGCAACAAGUGCAGAUUUCUGAGCAGAAUUCAAAAGACUGUCUUAUUACUGGACAGAUUACAGAAAUUAAUGGAAAAGCUGCUAUGGAAGUCAGUCCAAGAUCCAUUAGAGAGGAAGUUCAACUAAAAAAUGCUUUUGAAAUCCUUAGUGAGGAGAAGGAUUGUGAUAAUUCUGAACCAAUGGAAGAUGACAGAAAUCUGCUAUAUAAAAAGAUGGAGGAUAUACAAACUAAUGCUAUGGAAGAAGGUAAACCAUCUUUGUCUAAAUCUGUUAAAAAUAAACUUGCAAAGGAACUCAAAGGAGCUAGGAAAAGAGAAGCUGCUCUGUACUUAAAGGAAGUGGUUAAAGAUCAAGAUGUUUUUUUCAUUGGUCUUAUGGAAACAAAAAUCAAUAGUAUCAAUAGAUUGGAUGUUGAUAUGCUCAUUGGAAAAGAUUGGGAUUUCUUUCAUUUACCCUCAGUGGGACUUUCUGGGGGCAUCCUAGUUCUUUGGAACUCAAAAAUUGUUAACUUUGUAGUUAAUGAUUCUUCUUCUCAAAUGAUGGUGGGAGAUCUUUCUAUCCCUAGUAUGGGAUCCUGGAGAAUUGCUACUGUCUAUGGUAGUAGGUGUUGCAAAGAAAGGGAAAGGUUAUGGAGCUUGCUCAACAAUUGUAUGGAUAGUUCUACUCCUUCUAUCAUUGGUGGGGACUUCAAUUGUGUGCUUAACAAGGAUGAGAAAAGAGGUGGCAAAAGGUUCCUUUUUUCUAAAGGACCUAGAGAUAUGAAGGAAUUCAUGACUAGCAAUGAUUUCCACGAUGUGGGUAUCAUUGGACCAAGGUUUACUUGGUGCAACAAUAAAGCAGGUAAUUCUAGAAUCUGGGAGAGGCUUGAUAGAUGUAUUCUUAACUCUAAAGCCUUGAGAUUACUUCCUACUGCUACUACUAUACAUCUUGCUAGGGUGGCUUCGGAUCAUAGCCCCAUCAUCCUCAAAAUGAUUGAUAAAGUUCGGUUGAACUCCAAAAUAAUUAGAUAUGAGGACACUUGGAGAUUGUAUCCAGCGGCGAGAAGUAUUGUAUACCACUCUUGGAGAAAGAAGGAUGGUGGAGAGGAAGGUUUGAUUCUUCAAAAGAAAAUUAAUAGAACUCUAAAGGCAUUAUUUUUUUGGAGUAGAAGCAAAUGCAAAGAACUUAAUGAUCUUAAAGUUAAGUUGAAGAUGGAAAUUCUGGAUCUUCAAACUAAAGAAGCCUUGGGGAGUGGAUGGACGGAUCAAGACUUGCUUAUGCUUAGAAGCAAGAUACAUGAGCUCAAUGUUACCUUGAAGAGGCUUUCUACUUGGUGGAAUCAAAGAGCAAAGGCAAGAUGGAUUGAAGAAGGUGAUUUUAACUCCAAGCUUUUCCACAAUUUUGCCACGGCUAGAAGAAAUGGUAAUAGAAUUAACCAAAUCAAGGAUACUCCCAGCUCACGGGUUGGCCUGAAAUUUCUGAAAAUCAGAAACUCAACUUUGAUGACCUAA